UUCAGAGAAGCCCUGCCAGCUCUGGAGUCCUCUGGGAUUAACUCCAUCCAAGGGCAGAAUGGCCAGCAAUGCCCUGCAGAUCGCCGGACUGGUGCUUGGUGGUGUUGGAAUGGUGGGCACAGUGGCUGUCACCGUCAUGCCUCAGUGGAGGGUGUCCGCCUUCAUUGGAAGCAACAUUGUGGUUUUUGAAAACCUCUGGGAAGGACUGUGGAUGAACUGCAUGAGGCAUGCCAACAUCCGAAUGCAGUGCAAGAUCUACGAUUCCCUGCUGGCUCUCUCUCCGGACCUACAGGCGUCUAGAGGACUGAUGUGCACUGCCUCCGUGCUGUCCUUCCUGGCAUUCAUGACGGCCAUCCUCGGCAUGAAGUGCACCAGAUGCACGGGCGACGACGAGAAAGUGAAGAGCUACAUCCUGCUGACGGCUGGAGUGCUCUUCGUCCUCACGGGCUUCGUGGUGCUCAUCCCCGUGAGCUGGGUGGCCAAUUCCAUCAUCAGAGAUUUCUACAACCCAAUAGUGGACAUUGCCCAAAAGCGGGAGCUCGGAGAAGCCCUUUACAUAGGCUGGACGGCAGCGCUCGUGUUGAUUGCUGCAGGGGCCCUGUUCUGCUGUAUUUUUUGUUGCAGUGAGAGGAGCCAUAGCUACAGAUACUCCAUACCUUCCCAUCGAACAACCCAAAGGAGCUAUCACAUGGAAAAGAAGUCCCCGAGUGUGUACUCCAGAAGUCAGUAUGUAUAGUUGUGUGCGUCUCUCUUUGAACUGCCUAGAAAGCCACGCUG